UGUGCAGUUAUUACUUACUAGUCUAAAAGCUCCUUUUUGUGCGGAGCCAUUUUAUGGUGUGUGUGUAGCAAACGAAAGAAUAAAAAUGGAGAACGAUAACGGAGUACUUGUUGACCUGUACAUACCGAGAAAAUGCUCGUCGAGCAAUCGCAUUAUCCACGCUAAAGAUCACGCGUCAAUUCAAUUGAGUAUUGCUGAUGUUGAUCCUGAAACCGGACGCAUGACCGACUCGCAGAAAAUGUAUGCGAUCUGCGGAGCCAUCCGUCGUAUGGGUGAAUCAGAUGACUGCUUGGUUCGACUUGCAAAGAACGAUGGUAUUUUACCAAAAAAUUUUUAAUGCGACAAUUAGUUUAUUCUUUCAAUAAAAACUAAAAAAUUGCA